AAACUGAAAAGGGGCGCGAUUUUUAGUAGGACGGGAACAAGGUUGGCUUCAUUUUCAGGUGCCUUCUCCGGUUUUGGUCUGGAGUUGGAUGCGCCAUUGAUUCAGCCGCGCCGCUCACCGGAUGAGAAAGCGGUACCUUGUGAUUUAUUAUUGUUGAGAGGACCAUGCAUCGUAGAUGAAUCCAUGCUUACUGGUGAAAGCGUGCCGCAAAUGAAGAAUGAAGUGCUUAUGGUCUAA